UUUUGGGGACCCCCCCCCACACCCUUUCCAUUUGGACCCCCUCCCCUUUGGCACCUCGCAGCCCCCCCCCAGGCACGGCCAGGAGCUCGGCCCCCUCCCCAAACCUCGCCGGCCAUGGAGCUGCUUUCCACCCCAAAAAACAUCGAGAUCAACAACAUCACCUGCGACUCCUUCCGCAUCUCCUGGGCCAUGGACAAGGGGGACCUGGAGAGGGUCACCCACUACUUCAUCGACCUCAAUAAGAAGGAGAACAAGAACUCCAACAAGUUCAAGCACCGGGACGUCCCCACCAAGCUGGUGGCCAAGGCGGUGCCGCUGCCCAUGACGGUGCGGGGGCACUGGUUCCUGAGCCCCCGCACCGAGUACAGCGUGGCGGUGCAGACGGCCGUCAAGCAGAGCGACGGCGAGUACCUGGUGUCCGGCUGGAGCGAGACGGUGGAGUUCUGCACCGGGGAUUACGCCAAGGAGCACCUGGCCCAGCUGCAGGAGAAAGCCGAGCUGAUCGCCGGGCGCAUGCUGCGCUUCUCCGUCUUCUACCGCAACCAGCACAAGGAGUACUUCCAGCACGUCAGGAUGCACUGCGGGAACGUGAUGAAGCCGUCGCUGAAGGACAACAGCGGCAGCCACGGCUCGCCCACCAGCGGGAUGCUGCACGGCAUCUUCUUCAGCUGCAACACCGAAUUCAACACCGGGCAGCCCCCCCAGGACUCCCCCUACGGCCGCUACCGCUUCCAAAUCCCGGCGCAGCGCCUCUUCAACCCCAACACCAACCUCUACUUCGCGGACUUCUACUGCAUGUACACCGCCUACCACUACGUCGUCCUGGUCCUGGCACCCAAGGGUUCCUCGGGGGAUCUCUUCUGCCGGGAGCGCCUGCCCCAGCUGGACAUUUCCUCCAACAAGUUCCUGACGUGCUGCGUGGAGGAGGGCGAGCUGGUGUACCGCCAUGCCCAGGACAGCAUCCUGGAGGUGAUUUACACCGAGCCCGUGGACCUCAGCCUCGGCGUGCUGGGGGAAAUCAGCGGCCACCAGCUCAUGAGCCUCUCCACCGCCAACGCCAAAAAGGACCCCAGCUGCAAGACGUGCAACAUCAGCGUGGGGCGUUAAGCGAAAAAAAAAAGGGGGGGGGGGGGCCGGCUGCGGGCAGGGCUGGAGCAUGGGGGGCGCACGGGGGGCGCACGGGGAGCGCGGCGCCCCCCACCCCCUCCCUCCAGGGUGCUUCUGCGAAGGACGCUGCGCAUGGGGGAGGACGGGGCCGCAUGGAGCUGCGGGGGACCCGGCGGCACCCGCUUCUUUUUGGGGAGGGCCCCCCCAGCCGAGCCCCGAGGGAGGGAGCCUUCGUCUCCCGGACUGGCCGACCGUCCUCAUCCUCGUUGGCACGAGCUCUGCCCUCAUUUUGGGGAGCCCCCCCCCCUCUCCUCCUGGCUCUGGGGCUCCCCAGCCCACGCCGCAGCUCCUGGGGAGCCCCAGCCCUGCCUCCCGCCCGCGGGGGGGGCCCUGCCCAGCCCAGCCCCACGCUGUCACCCCACCGGGGAGGGCGGCAGCUCCGGCACGAAGGCUCCAAGCGCCCCCGGAUUCGAACUGCUCCUUGCUCCCGACAAAAAGCACAAGGGGACCCUGGCCCCUCGCCCGGACCCCCGGACCCGGCUGAGCUCCCCCGUGGGGGUGCUGAGCGCCUCGGGGACUCUCCAGCCGCCUUCACCCUGCAGCCAGAGAAGUGGAACCCUCGCUAAAUCAGCCGGGGGAUAGGGGGGCUCUGGGUGGGGUGGGGGGGCGCAGCCGUGAUCCGCCUGUCCGCAGUGGUGUCGUGCAGCGCUGUGCCGUGUUCGCUCUGUGCCCCAGCCCUCGCUCUGCCGCCCCAAACCCCGGCCCCACAGCCCGGGAGGCAGCCGGAGGAGCCGGGGGGCCGGUGCUCGGGGUGCGUGGGGGGGAAAUCCGUGCGCCCCCGUCCCCCCCCCCACACACACCCCCUAUUUGCCGCCCCCACCAAGCAUGAGCCGUCGGCAGCAUGGCGCUCGCGUGCCGGCCCGCUCCCCGGUCUCUGUGUACCCGAUGCACGCUGUAACGGUAGAAGAGAACAACCCCCAGACCCCGAGCAACCCUGUGCUGUGCUGGCGGUGUAUCAAUAAACUGUGUGCGCUCGCCA